AUGUCUGUUAUCGAUGAUGAUAAUUUCUUCUUGUUGGAAAAUAGACUUGAUCAGGCAUCGAUUAUUUGUAUUUUGGAAUUUCUCAAUAGGAAUGAAAUUAAUAAUUUAGCAAGUUUGAUUUAUCGAUCCGAUUCUACAGAAAUUGAAAAGGGAUUUUAUAAUGAAACAUAUUUGGAUUUAAAAUUUGGAAAUUGUUUGAUGAUUUAUUGUUGGAAAGAUGAGUUUUGGGAGGAUUAUAUGAAUGAGAAAAUUAUGAGGAUUAACAAAUUAUUGAGAAAAUCAAUAACUCCGAUUGAAAUAUUUAAUGAUGAUGAUUGGAAUGAUGGUGGGAAUAUUAGAUUGAAAUUUAUUAAAUAUAUGUGGAAGAGAAUUGGUUCAGAGAAUUGGAGGUUAAUUCAGAAAACAAGACAUGACAGAAAGUUAUACAUUCACUCACUUUCUGAUAAAUUAUCAAAAAUUGCCAAGUUAAACAAAAGGUUCAAAACUCCAGAAUGUGAAGGAUUGAUUAGAGAGAGAAUUGAACAAGCUUGUUUUAUUGAAGAAGACUCUCUUUCAAAGUAUUUGAAAGAGCCAAUGAUUGUGGAUAAUUUGAAUGAAUCCAUACAGUAUGAGAAAUGGGUCAGUAUGGGAAUGAAUGUUGGUAAAACAAGUUUAUUCAUGACAAUUAGUGGAGUAGAAUUCCCUUUUGAGUAUACCCCUAAAGUUUUUGAUGGAUACAAUGCAGCUGUGCUAGUUUCAUGUAUCAACAAGAAAGGAGAAGAAAGAAAAGUUAGUUUUCACUUUGGAUUUUGGGACACUGUUGGAAAUGAAGAGUAUGAUAAAUUAAGACCACUUGGUUAUCCUGACACAACUAUAUUUACUCUAAAUUAUGCUAUUAAUGAUUGGUCAAGUUUAAAACAAUUGGCUGAACAUCUACUGUGGGAAUCUACUCUUUCCGAGCCAAAUGCAACUUUUGUCGUUGUUUCAACAAAGAAUGAUCUAAAAGAAGAAUGUUAUUGGAAUAGUUUAUUGGAUCCAUUAUUAAUGGAAGAAGCAAUUUCUCCAGAAGAUGGAAUCAUGUUUACAAAAUCAAUAGGAGCAAUAUCAUUUAUUGAAACAAGUUCUAAAACAAAGAAAGGUAUAGAAUAUCUACUCCAGAAACUUGUUUUACUUAGAUUGAUACAUCUUCAACAUUUGAAAUCAAUUGAAAAGCAAAAACAGGAUGACACAAAAAGGAAAUGUUCAGUUCAAUAA